GAGACGGCUACUAUCUCUAACUAUUUUAGGAAAUGUGUAAGGUUAGGUUAGUGUUUCUAGUGUUUCAUCAUUUUCAUUUCAAUAAAACACAAGGGCUGUUCAAGUGGAUUUUACUCGUCAAUCGACAUUGAAAAUGAUAGAAACUAAAGUUUUAGAUAAUUCUGAAAAACCAGAAAGUAAAAAGGCUUCUAAAAAGGAAGCUAAGAAGGCAGAAAAAGCUGCAAAGAAGGCUGAACACAGACAAACUUCUGCUCAAAAUCAACCUGAUGUUGUCAUUGAAGGUGAUGUGUCAGAAGGAAAAUAUGGUAUACUACCCUUAAUUCGCUCUGAUAUCAAUGCUGCAAAGAGAAGCUUCUCCUACAUCAAAGAUUUAAACAAAUCUUGUACUGGUCAGGUGGUAUGGGUUCGGGCGAGACUGCACACCGUGCGAGCUAGAGGAAAGCAGUGUUUCAUUGUUCUAAGACAGCAAGAAUUCACUGUUCAAGUUAUUUUAAAUGUAUCUGAAACAAUUUCGAAGUCUAUGGUCAAAUUUUCCAGCGGCAUACCAAAAGAGAGUAUAGUUGAUGUAGAAUCCACUGUUGCAGAGGUAUCUGCUGGCGUAGCUGGUUGUAGCCAACGCGACAUUGAAUUAGUAGCUUCACAAUUGUGGGUCGUAUCUUCAUCUGCCCCACAGCUUCCUUUGCAGAUAGAAGAUGCAAGCAGGCCUGAGAAAGCUGAUGAUGAAGGACUCAACAUACGUGUUAAUCAAGACACCCGAUUGGAUAACAGAAUUCUGGAUUUGCGUACUCCGACCAAUCAGGCUAUCUAUCGAUUGGAAGCUGGAGUAUGUCGUCUUUUCCGUGAUUGUCUGACUCGACGAGGAUUUGUGGAGAUCCACACUCCAAAAAUAAUAUCAGCUGCCUCAGAAGGGGGUGCUAAUGUCUUCACCGUGAGCUAUUUCAAAAAUUCUGCAUAUUUAGCCCAAAGUCCUCAGCUCUACAAACAGAUGGCUAUCGCUGCUGAUUUUGAAAAGGUGUUCACAAUAGGUGCAGUAUUUCGUGCUGAAGAUUCCAAUACCCACAGACAUCUAACAGAAUUCACUGGUUUGGAUUUGGAAAUGGCUUUCAACUAUCACUACCACGAAGUGAUGCUCACAAUUGGAAAUCUUUUCACAGAGAUUUUCAAAGGUUUGAGAGACCAAUAUCAACACGAGAUCUCUCUUGUCAACCAACAAUACCCCGCCGAACCUUUCACGUUUUUGGACCCUCCUCUCGUUCUGCAGUUUGAUCAGGCACGGAAAAUUCUUGCCGAUGCCGGUGUGGAAGUGGGACAAGAAGAAGACUUGAGCACGCCGACUGAAAAAUUGCUCGGUCGUCUCGUAAAGGCCAAAUACGAUACAGAUUUUUAUAUCUUGGAUAAAUAUCCCUUGGCGGUGAGGCCGUUUUACACCAUGCCCGAUCCGCAGAACCCCCUAUCUUCGAAUUCCUACGAUAUGUUUAUGAGAGGAGAGGAAAUUCUGAGUGGCGCUCAAAGGAUCCACGAUCCAGAUUUUCUCACGGAAAGAGCGAAACAUCAUGGAAUAGAUAUAACCAAAAUUGCUGCUUACAUUGAAUCGUUCAAAUAUGGAUGCCCUCCCCAUGCUGGAGGCGGUAUUGGACUGGAAAGGGUUGUUAUGCUCUACCUUGGCCUUGACAACAUCAGGAAAACUUCAAUGUUCCCCCGUGAUCCUAAGCGAGUCACGCCAUAAAGUUGUAGGAACUGAUAAGAAAUAAAAAUCUUAUGACUUUUAA